ACAUGAUGUAAAUUGUUUUGCCUAGGUCUUUUGUUACUUUUCUAUUUGCUCUAAAUCGUGUUAGAACAUUCAUUGCAUUUCACUUCAAUCUUUUGAGCGUAUUGUCUUCAUUCCUUUCUAAUACAAUCUUUCGUCUUUUUUAGUGCAUCUACAUCUACAUCUGGUAUUUGUCAACGUCUCCUCAACAGCAUGGCUACCUCAUCUUAUCUUCCAGCUCAGCUCAGACGUGCACCAAUAAGGCCUAUCCAGCGCUCUCUAGCCGACCGACUUUAUUGCGUAACCCCAAACGGGCGGAAAUGAAGAGCUGCUCGUCGCCGUACUUCGUUUCGACGUGUGUCAACUGUUUUUCUGACGUCCAAACGGGUCCAGGCCAGGCCAGCACAGCACACAAGGGAUUUGUCACCCAUCAAACAGGAGCUCAGAGAACUGCUGGGAGCUGCUGCCAGGAGCGCACUGGUGGCAUACUACAACAUCGAUCGAUCCUGUACAAACUGAUUCCCGGCACCAUCACCAAACAGCAGACACGCAGUUGUACAUUUCUCUCUGGGGCUGAUUUUCCAAACAAUCAAUAAUGAUAAAACCUAAAUGGCUGAUUUACGUUUUAGAUGUCUAUAUAACAUUUGAUGCAUUUAAAGCAAGACUAUGGUGUAUUAUCUUGCGUAGUAUUAUAUAGGAAUCCCAACUUGUGUUGCCUUCGGUGCAGAGACGAACAUGAGGAGAAAGGCCAAAGGACCAAAGUGGAUCUAGUGUUGCCACUUUGACGACGAUGACGGAUGGUUCUUAAACCUUCUUCCAGUUUCGUAGCGCUGAAUAGCCUAAAGUCUACUGUGACAUCCAUCUCUCUCUGUGUGUAGACACACAUCCGAGCGAUCGGAUGAUAAAGGUGCAACGGGAUCCCGGCUCGGCUGUCCAGACUUUUUGAGACAACGAAAAUAUCAUCAGAAAAUCUGGUUCAGUCUGAAACAUUUCCGUUACAUCCCUUUUCUUCUUCUUUCCUUAUUCCUGUGGAUUAAAUUGAAUCCGUUUAGAUUUUAUAAUCAAGGCUUUUAAGACGUUCUUUAGAAGGUCUAAUGAAUUCAUUUCCAACCCCGUAGUAAAUAGGCCUCAGAAAGUCUUAAUGUUAAUCAUCAUCCGAUUUUAUAUAAGACACGGUCGCGGGAAAAUGUAGCCUAAUAUAAAAGAAAAAGAAGAACACAUUUCGGAUGCUAUUACACAGAGACGGCCCAGCUCACAAGCCCCCUCCUGCACAUAUAAUAUCAUUGAGGAAAGCGGACAGCGGAGAGUCUUCCAUCACUCGUCUCUCCCUCGCUCUCUCUCCUCAUUGCCGAAGAAGAAAAAAUAAAAAAAAGAAUCCGGAUCGCUGCUCUAUGCUGGCCCGGAUGCUGCCGGAACUAAAAACGGAACAUAAGAGAUCGCCCAUAAAAGUCGCACAAGGAAAAAAGAGAAAAAAGGGAAAGAAGAAGAAAAGUCGCCAUCGCACACAGGAGCGACUUGGGUGAUGAGAGAAGAAAACGGGGUCCGGGCCGGCGCCCCGUUAAGAAACGAGCCAACCACGGGCCGACGUGGGUACGACAUCAAAGAGUUGGCGUAGCCGACGUGGGAGGAGCUCCUCCAUCGGCUGCCAACGUCUCCAGCCAAUGGAUGGCUCCGUUUCGGGGGUGUAGCGCAAGCGCAUCCCCAAACUCUUAUUUUUUCUUUCCUUCCUGGGGUUUGUGCUCACGGUGGUACCUCCCUCCUUCACCCACCCCACCCCAGCAAGGGGCCAUCAGCCUACACACACACACAUGAGUCCUGAACAGUUUUUGAGAGACAGACAGAGUCUAUACAGUGUCGGUGCUAUACGUGCCGGAUGAAAUAGUCGUGAUCCGCAAUAAGUUUUUCGUGUGUGUUGUUGACUCUAUUUUUUUGUUUACUAGUUAUUCGAUCCUUUUGUGUGUGUGUGUGUUAACCCCUGUAAAACAAAACUAUUUAACAGCAUCAAUUUGUGUGUGUGUGUGUAUGUGCUCCGGAGUUGUGUGUCUGUGAUCCGUUUCGAUUUAGAAAUUUAAACCAGCCGGAUUGACUAGACCAAAUUCAAUUUUGGGUUUGAUUCUUUGGUGAGAGAAAUGGUUCAGCAACAACAAUCCGACUGUAAGAAUAUACGGUCCAGGUCCAUGCAAAGAUCACCCACUCCUGAGAGUCUGCAUUAUGGCGGAGGUGACAGCAGCUACGGGAGUAACAGCGCCGGUCACAACAAUCACUGCUGCUGCGCCAACGGUGACCCCAACAGCCCCGGCUCCUCGUUCCAGUCCAGUCUGAAUCAUCCGCCAUCGUCCGGCAGCUGCUCGCAAACGGCCUGCGCCGGAUGUUCGUCAUCGGCGGCGGUAGCGGCUGCCGGUGGCAUCGCCUGCAACAUUGUCACAGCCACCGGACCCGUGUCGUCGUCCAGCAGCGGCGGAGCUGCCACCGCCGCUGGUGGGACGAUCCUGGCCGGAUCGUCGGCCGCCACCUCGUCGGCCAGCUGCAUCCCGUCGGCCGUCAAAUUCGAGCUGGGCCGCAUCGAAGUCUGCGAAGGAUGCGGAUUGGGCAUCGCCGACCGCUACGUGAUGCGCGUCGCCGACGGAUCCUGGCACGAGGAUUGUCUGGUCUGCUGCAUCUGUCACGCCCCCCUCGUCCACUCUUGCUUCACCCGCUCCGGAAGAGUCUACUGCCGUCAAGACUACGACAGGGUUUACGGGGCCAAAUGCGGAAGGUGUGGCGAGCGGUUAUAUCCGCACGAACUGGUGAUGCGAGCCGGUUCUUCGUUGGCGUUCCACCUGCCCUGCUUCGGCUGCUUCAUUUGCGGCCGGCCGUUGCAGAAAGGUGACCAGUUUGUCGUCAGAGCUGGCCAACUUCUCUGCCGGGACGACCUGGAAAAAGAUCUGUUUCUCAUCCAGUCGACCACCAACAACAACAACAACAACGGCGACGAUUCAGCGGCUGACGACAGCAGCCGGCCGAGACACGAUGGCCGCCGGGGGCCGAAACGUCCGCGGACGAUCUUGACAUCCGCCCAGCGACGCCAGUUCAAAGCUUCUUUCGAAAUCAGCCCCAAGCCGUGCCGCAAAGUGCGCGAAGCCCUGGCCAAGGAGACGGGACUGAGCGUUCGAGUCGUCCAGGUUUGGUUCCAGAACCAACGGGCCAAGAUGAAGAAACUCCAGCGCAAAGCCAAAAUCGAAGCCGAGAAAAACGGAUCGUCGACAUCGGCCGCCACGACUUCCGGCGGCGACAAAAUCGGCAAAGACGGGAAAAUCGAUAAAAAGCGGUUCGGAGAUAGCGGCGACGGUCACGGCGGAGGCAAUUCGUCGCUCAUGUCCAACAUGCCCUACUCACCCAACGGUGACGGAUCUUACGUGGGACACUCUGGCGAUAGUAUGUGCGGGUCGGAUUUAUCGCUGGACGAUAGCGGCGGAUUUGAUCAGCUGGACGACGGCCAUUCGCUGAGCGGCGUCGACCUGCAGGACAUCCAGCAGCAGCAGCAACAACAACAACAACAACAGCACGGCCCUCAUUCGAUGAGUUUACAUCAUCUCCAUCACCACCACCACCAUUUGGGCGACGCUUCUUCACCUCACCUUCACUCCUCCCACUCUGAAUUGAUUCCUCCGCCAUCCGGAGCCUAUCACCCCAUCAAUCCUAUCGACAAACUUUACUUGAUGCAGAAUGCCUACUUCCGUUUGGACCAAUGAAUUCACAAUGACAACCUGUCGAGAUCCUUAGCCAUUUUAGUCCUCCAUCACAAAAGUCAAGUCAGUCCGUUCUCACUCUACAAUUAUCUUUUGAAAAAAUAUUAUUAUCUUUGUAUAAUUUCUUGAUUUCUGGCGUUUCAUUGUAUAAAGUGUUAUUCCAACCCACUCCCUCCCCCCCAAAAAAAUAACGUAAUCAUUAAAAAAAAAAUUCCCUAGUCGUCGCAUGUUGUUUUCACCCCUGUAUAAUCAACUAAUCUAAAAAAAUACUAAUAAUAAUCUAGUCAUCAAAUAGAUUUGAAAUCGAAUCUGCUGUCAAAGAUGAUUUUGUUUUCUUCCCUAAUUAUUGAGCCUAUUUGAUCGACUGUGUUUGUUUUUUUUGUUUUUUUUUUUAAUUUCAAUUAUCUUCCCCUCAAUCCCAAUCUCUCCUUAUUAAAGACAAAUCCGAAUUGAAAUUUGAAGAUGAUGAAUAUCCAAGUCAUUCCGCUCUGCGUACUCAUGUAUAAAAGUAAUAAACACCAUACCAAAAAUAAUU